AUGGACCUGUACCCGUUCUCGGACGACGGGCCGGCGACCCGCGCCUUCCUCAGCCGCGUCUUCGAGAUCCUCUGGCAGUACGUGGACCAGCAGCAGGACCGGAGCAGCAAAAUCCUCGACUUCCACAUGCCGGACAAGCUGAUGCAGAUGCUGGACCUCGAUCUGCCGGAAGACCCAUUGGACCUGGGGCAGCUCUUCAAGGACUGCAGCGACGCCCUCAAGUUCCAGGUCCGCACCGGCCACCCUCACUUCUUCAACCAACUCUCGAGCGGACUUGACAUCGUGUCUCUGGCCGGCGAAUGGCUGAGCGCGGCAGCCAACACGAAUAUGUUCACCUACGAAAUCGCCCCGGUAUUUAUCCUUAUGGAAAACGUCGUGAUGAAGAAAAUGCGUGACCUCAUAGGUUACACUAACGGAGACAGCAUUCUUGCGCCAGGGGGCUCGGUGUCCAACCUGUACGCCGUCAUGGCGGCCCGACACAAGAAGUUCCCCGACUACAAGACCAUGGGUCUCAAGGCACUGCCCCAACUCGUCAUGUACACCUCCGAAGACAGCCACUAUUCCGUGAAAGGCGCCGGAGCAGCCAUCGGCCUCGGAACCGACAACGUGGUCUCAAUCCCCGUGGACUCAAGGGGCAAGAUGAUAGUGGAGGAGCUGGAGAAGGAGAUUGUGGCGUCCAAGGCCAGAGGCCAUGUGCCGUUCUUCGUCAACUGCACGGCCGGCUCCACCGUGAUAGGCGCCUUCGAUCCCAUCCACCCGAUCGCCGACAUCUGCGAGAAGCACGGACUCUGGCUCCACAUCGACAGUGCGUGGGGAGGAGGAUGCCUGCUGUCCAGAAAGCACCGUCAUCUCAUGAGCGGCAUCGAAAGGUCUGACUCCGUCACAUGGAACCCCCACAAGCUCAUGGGGACCCACCUGCAGUGCUCCACCAUUCACCUAAAAGAAGACGGCUUGCUGCUGAGCUGCAACCAGAUGUGCGCGGAAUACCUGUUCCAGCAGGACAAGCACUACGACGUGUCCUACGACACCGGGGACAAGGUGCCCCAGUGUGGUCGCCACAACGACAUCUUCAAACUCUGGCUCAUGUGGAGGGCCAAGGGAACAUCCGGCUUUGAGCGCCAGAUCGAUCACCUGUUUGACAUGUCAAACUACCUGGUAAAGAAAAUUAAAGAUAGGCCUGACAUGUUCCAUCUAUUACUAGAGCCCGAACUAGUGAACGUUUGCUUCUGGUACAUUCCGGAGAGGCUUAGGAACACUCCCCAUAGCAAGCAGAAGGAGCAACAACUUGGAGUGGUGACAGCCCAGCUGAAGGCCCGGAUGAUGAACACCGGCACGCUAAUGAUCACCUACCAGCCCAUCUGGGACAAGCCCAACUUCUUCCGCAACAUCGUCUCCAACGCGGGCGUCCGCCCAGAGGAUAUCGACUUCCUGGUACAAGAGAUGGACCGCCUGGGACACGACCUUUAG